AUGAGGGUCAUAGGGCACAAGGGAGCGAAGAUUAGGUGGGGAAAGGGGGAGGAGGAUGGGGUUAUUAAGAGUAAGACGCUAGUUAAUUUUGUGAUUCUUCAAGACGUGCACGGGUACCUGGCGGUGGCGAUCUGCCUCGUGGGCGCCGUCACCAACGUCCUCAACAUGAUCAUCCUCACUCGACGGGAGAUGGUGAACUCGACCAACACCAUCCUGACGGGGUUGGCGGUGGCAGACUUCCUCCUCCUGGUCGAGUACAGUGUCUAUGCGACGACGUCUUACAUCCGAGUUCACGAGAAGUUCUUCGAGAGUUAUUUUCUCUCGGUGUUCAUCCUCUUCCACGCGCACUUCACGCAGGUCAUGCACACCAUAGCCAUCUGCCUGACGAUCACGCUGGCAGUCUGGCGAUACAUAGCCAUCUGCAAACCGCACCUCAACCUGUUCCUGUGCACGUUACCGAGGGCGAGGCUGGCGGUGCUCGUGGCCUACGGAAUAUCGCUCAUUCUCUGCAUUCCUAAUUACCUGAUGUACUCCAUUCAUCAGACCAGCGACAGGAAUAACACCUCUCUCUACCACGUUGGACUGAUACCGCAGGCAAGAGCAACAGAUGGCGUUCUCCAGAGCAUCCACUUCUGGUUCUACAGCGUCCUCAUAAAGAUCGUCCCUUGUCUUCUCCUCAUAUUUCUCAUCUACUUCAUCAUCAGGGCCAUGUACAUAGCCAAAAGGAGGAAAGAAAAUCUAAUAAAGAUGGGAACGCCGUCAAUGGAAGGAGACAAGAAGCUGCCGAGAAUGGAGAAGCUGACGGAGAAGACGACGCGGAUGCUGCUCACCGUCCUGCUGCUGUUCCUGCUGACGGAGCUGCCGCAGGGGGUCCUCGUGCUCCUCUCCGGCAUCUACGGGCAGACCUUCUUCAGGAAGUGCUACCUCCACUGGGGCGAGGUGAUGGACCUCCUGGCCCUCAUGAACGCGGCCGUCAACUUCCUGCUGUACUACGUGAUGUCGCACCAGUUCCGCGUGACCUACCGCUCCCUCUUCAGCCCGCCGGUGCCCGUCAACCUCUCCCCCAGACUCCCCCGGGACACCGUGUCGACGCAGCUCUAGGGAACGCCCUCCUUCGCCCCUCGCUCGACGGCGGCGGCGGAGAGGGCGUGGCGGCGGGGGUCGAGCUGUUGCCGCUGCUCGGGAGUGAGCGACGGGGACAGCGACGACACCGACGACCGCCUGGAGUUGAGGGUGAUUAGGCCUUCGUCGGAGAAGAUCGUCUGAUGGAGGGCCGACGCAGGAGGGCUUCGCUCUGACGCUUAUUGUGCCCGCGAAGGAGCCACUCGACUUGUUUCCCUCUUGAGCUGGUUUUCUUCCCGUUCUCAGUUGGUCUUCCUGUUCCUUCUUCACUCUCCCUUCAUCCCUCCCUCCUCCUUCCCCUUCCCG